AUGUUUUUAGAUUAUUUGUUUAAAUUUUUGGUCAUUGGAAGUGCAGGCUGUGGAAAAUCAUGUUUAUUGUAUCAGUUUAUUAGAAACCAAUUCAAAGAAGAUAGUAGUUACACGAUUGGAGUAGAAUUUGGAUCGAAAAUAGUUAACGUAGGUGGAAAAAGUGUUAAACUUCAAAUAUGGGACACAGCUGGUCAAGAAAGAUUUAGAUCUGUUACAAAGGGAUACUACAGAGGUGCUGCUGGUGCACUUCUUGUUUAUGACAUUACAAGUAGAGAUUCGUUUAAUGCAUUAUCAACAUGGCUAUCGGAUACGAAAACGUUAGCCAGUCCGAAUAUUGUUAUGCUACUUGUAGGUAAUAAAAAAGACUUAGAAAAAGAAAGGGAAGUUACUUUUCUAGAAGCUAGUAAAUUUGCACAAGAAAAUGAACUCAUGUUUUUGGAAACAAGUGCUAAAAGUGGAGAAUGCGUAGAAGAGGCCUUUUUGAAAUGUUCCAAAUCUAUAUUAGCUAAAAUAGAAGCUGGAGAACUUGAACCUGAUAGAUUAGGAUCUGGAAUACAAUAUGGAGAUUCUAAAUUAAAAUAUCUUCAUAGAGAUGGACAAUCUGGGAGGCAGUCGGAUUGUGUUUGUCGUAUGUGA